AGCACCAAUAGCACCAUGGCCGUCUCUAGCACAAAUUAUUCAUUCCUAAUUGCUGUGUUUGCCUUUGUGACAAUGUUGUUGAUGUUCCCCAAUAAGGUGAAGUCAGCACAGUCAUUAUCUUUUAGCUUCAGCAGGUUUGGUCCUGACCAUAAGGAUCUUAUCUUCCAAGGUGAUGCCAUUUCUACAAACAAUGUCUUACAACUCACUAAGUUAGACAGUGCAGGAAACCCUUUGAGUGGUAGCGUGGGAAGAGUGUUAUACUCUGCACCAUUGCACCUUUGGGAAAACUCUGCGGUUGUGUCAAGCUUUGAAACUUCUUUCACCUUUCAAAUCUCAACACCUUACACUUCUCCUCCGGCUGAUGGCGUGGCCUUCUUCCUUGCACCAUAUGACACCGUCAUCCCUUCAAAUUCUGGUGGCAGCCUCCUGGGACUCUUUUCUAAUUUAAACGCUUUAAGAAACUCCUCCACCUCUCAAAACCAAACCAUUCUUGAUUUCAAAGCUGUAUCAAACAAAGUUGUUGCUGUCGAAUUUGACACCUACCCUAAUGAAAAUAUUGGCGAUCCAGCAUAUAAACACAUUGGAAUCGAUGUCAACUCUAUUAGGUCCAAGACAACUGCAAGGUGGAACUGGCAAAAUGGGAAGACAGCCACUGCACACAUAAGCUAUAACUCUGCCUCUAAAAGAUUGACGGUUUCUACCUUUUAUCCUGGGAGUAAUCCUGUGACUCUCUCCUACGACGUUGAGUUACAUACAGUGCUUUCUGAAUGGGUUCGAGUAGGGUUCUCUGCUUCAAGUGGAGAACAGAAAGAAAGAAAUACCAUUCUCUCGUGGUCUUUUACUUCAAGCUUGAAGAACAACGAGGUGAAGGACGAGAAACAAGACAUGUUUAUUAAAACUGUUGUGUGAUCAUAUGCGUGGAUCGAUGGUGUUCUGUUUUACAUGCAUGUAAUAUAUAAGUGAUGAGUCAAUAAUGACAAGUACGGAGUAGUACUUGUAUGUUGUUUUUGUUUAUGUACGAGUCAGUUUUUCUUGUUUAUGUAAACAAUAUUAA